AUGCUUUUGGACGCUGGACCUCAAUAUCCUACUCUUGGAGUGACUACCUUCGGCUCAUCUCGACAUCACUCAACAGGCGAUGUCAACGACCGAGAAGUAGGGCUGGGGAUCAAUCCUUUCGCUGACGGGAUGGGCGCUUUUAAGAUCAGCCCCAGCACUCACGAUCUCGCAUCGGGUCAAACUGCCUUCACAUCGCAGGCUCCGGGUUACGCCGCUGCUCUGGGACACCAUCCGAGCCAUGUGAGUUCGUACAGCAGCGCAGCGUUCAACUCGACCCGGGACUUUCUGUUUCGCAACCGGGGCUUUGGGGAAGCGGCGGCCAGCGCCGGCCACAGUCUGUUCGCCUCAGCGGCUGCUGCGGGCAGCUUCGCCGGACCUCAUGGACAUACUGACGCCGCGGGGCACCUACUCUUCCCGGGUCUUCACGAGCAACCGACCAGCCACGCUUCGUCCAAUGCACAUGUGAUGAACGGCCAAAUGCGCUUAGGUUUUUCAGGGGACAUGUACGGCAGAGCAGACCAGUACAGUCAAGUUACUAGUCCCAGAUCGGACCACUACGCUUCGACCCAGCUACACAGCUAUGGCCCCAUGAACAUGAACAUGGCGGCCCAUCAUGGGGCCGGGGCCUUCUUUCGUUAUAUGAGGCAACCCAUUAAACAAGAACUCAUAUGUAAAUGGGUAGAGCCCGAGCAGUUGACGAAUCCUAAAAAAUCCUGCAACAAAACUUUUAGCACAAUGCACGAACUGGUUACUCACGUAACAGUGGAACACGUUGGGGGACCAGAACAGUCGAAUCAUAUCUGUUUCUGGGAAGAGUGUUCACGAGAGGGAAAGCCUUUCAAAGCCAAAUAUAAACUUGUAAAUCACAUCAGAGUCCACACUGGCGAGAAACCAUUCCCCUGUCCAUUCCCUGGCUGUGGGAAAGUCUUUGCCAGAUCAGAAAAUCUCAAGAUCCACAAGAGAACUCACACAGGCGAGAAACCGUUCAAGUGCGAGUUCGAAGGGUGCGAUAGGCGUUUCGCUAACAGCAGCGACCGUAAGAAGCACAUGCACGUGCACACUUCCGACAAGCCGUACCUCUGCAAAAUGUGUGACAAGUCCUACACUCAUCCCAGCUCUCUGCGAAAACACAUGAAGGUUCACGAAGCAUCCUCUCAAGGAUCACAGCCUUCUCCAGCGGCAAGUUCCGGCUACGAGUCCUCAACACCCCCCACCAUCGUGUCGCCCUCCACAGAAAACCAGACCAACAGUUCAAUGUCCCCAACAUCUUCUGCAGUCCACCACACGUCCAACCACAGCACGCUUUCAUCGAACUUUAACGAAUGGUACGUUUAA